AUGAGACCAUCGGCCUCGGGUCGGCAGCAGCCGCGUGCUGCAGCAGCAGCGCAGCAGCAAACCCCACAAACUUCUUCUGUUGAGCUGCCUGUACACCCCAGCAUGCUGCCUGUACACCCCAGCAAGCUGCCUCCCCCCCCCUCUCUCUCACCGCAGCACAGGAGACUGAGGCCCCUCAGCUUACGCAGCAUAGAAGUAGAGAAAGCGAUUGAGGCUGCUUCUGCUGCUGCAGCAGCAGGAGCAGCAGCAGCAGCAGAAGCAGCAGCAGCAAGAGAGGAGAAAAUGAGAGAGCUUGAGGGUCUAGGGUUUAUGGAUGCGAGUCGCGGACCCCAUCAGCAGCAGCAGCAGCAGCAGCCGCAGCAGCAGCACGAAACAGCAGCAGCAGCAGAUGGGUGCAGCAAACAAAGAAGACAAGCAACAGCAACAGCAGCAGCAACAGCAGCAGCAGCAGGAGCAGCAGCAGGAGGACACCAAUGCAUCCCUCGUUUUAGUUUUAGCCCGCAGCUGUGUCGGCGCUCAGAAGAGAUAAUUGAGGUGUAUAGGCAGCAUAAAAUAGAAGAAUUAUAUAAAAAAAUAGAUAAAGACAAAGAUGGUGUAGUUGAUUUAUUUUGUUUGUCUCCUGUUGCUGCUGCUUUCUCUCUAACUGAGCGGCAGUUUCUUAGUGCUGUAAUCCCGCAGCUAGUGCAGCAGGCAAUAGCAAAGACAACACAAGAAGCAGCAGCAGCAGCAGCAGCAGCAGCAGCAGCAGGAGCAGCAGGAGACAGCAGCUGCUGCUCUAUGGGGCCCUCGCUAGACCCCCUGCUGCGGCUGCAUGCACAAAACCCCACAACACAGGGCCCCAUAAAGAUAGAGAGUUUGUCUCCUUCUUAUAGACACAGAAUAUUUAAUCAAGAAGACAAGGAGGAUUUGCUGCUGCAGCUGGAGACAGCAGCAGAGCAGCAGCAGCUGCAGCAGCAGCAGCAGCAGCAGGCAGCACAACUCUGUCGUAGACUAGCUAAAGAACAAAAUAAAAUUAUUAUGCUCGAUGGAGACAAAGAGACAGCCGAUAUAUCCUCUACCCCACACCUGUUUGUUUCUAGCUCUGUCUUUAUAAAGACAUGCAUGCAGCUGCUGUCUUCUUCUUUUGGUUUGCCUGCUGUUGAUAAAUACAGAGACACACUCACUCGCUGCUGCCGCUCUCUUGUUGCUGCAGCAGACCCAGCAGCAGCAGCAAAAAUUAAAAAACCUUACGUGCUUGCUUUCUCACGAAAGCUAGACGCUCAGAGACAGCAGCAGCAGCAGCAGCAGCAGCAGCAGCAGCAACAGCAGCAGCAGCAGCAGCAGCAACGCAUGCGCUGCAGAUCUAUGCCUGCAUGCGGUGACCCUUCUUGCUGCAUCGAGGAGCAGCAGCAGAUAGCAGCAAAACGUUGGUCUAGGUUUGAUGCUGUUAUACAAAGAUUUCUACAUAAAAGACAGCAGCAGCAGCAGCAGCAGCAGCAGCAGCAGCAGCAGCAGCAACUCAAAGAAGCAGAACACUGUACCUUUCACCCAGAGAUAAACCCGACCCCUCGCUACCUAAAACAAAAAAAAAACACCACCACCACCAGCAGCAGCACCACCACCAGCAGCAGCAACAACAAAAACAACAAGCAGCAGCAGCAGCAGCAGCAGCAGCAGCAGCAGCUGCCUACAGACCCCAUGCAGGUGCUGCGGCAGUUCUGCUGCCGCUAUGUAGAAGACAGCAGCAGCGAGGAGAUACUGCGGGGGCUGCAGGAGUGUACGUUCCAGCCCAACGCAUACAAGUGCAUGCAGCGUGAGCUGCGUAGACAGCAGCAGCAGCAGCAGCAGGAGCAGGAGCAGCAGCAGCAGCAGCAGCAGCAGCAGCAGCAGAAAGGAAAAACACAAGACAGCUCUGCUGCUGUUGAUAAAAUUUUCUCGAUGCUGGACGCCCCCUUUGACGCUGUAUUUCAGGCAGACAUUCGUGAGUGGCUGCAGCAGCAAGAAGCAGAAGAAGACACAGCAGCAGCAGCAGCAGCAGCAGCAGCAGCAGCAGGGGGGGGAGAAGAUGAAGAGAUGAGGCUGCUGAGACAGGCAAAAGCUGCAGCAGCAACACCCAAGAAGUGGCUGCUCGAUGGACGGGAGCCGCAGCACAGAGACAGCAGACAGACAAUACGUGCUGCUGCUUGCUGCAGCAUCUACAAACCCCAGCAGCAGCAGCAGCAGCAGCAGCAGCAGCAGCAGCAGCAGCUGGAGCAGCUGGAGGAGCAGCAGCAACCCGUCAUUGUCCUUGAUCCCAGAGCAGCAGAAGGAAAAACCACUUCACCUGCUGCUGGUGCUGCUGCUGCUGCUGCAGCAGCAACACGACAGCGAAUCCAUCGCAGCAGCAGCAGCAGCAGCACUUGCUACAGCAGCUGCAGCAGCAGCAAAACAGCCACAUCUCCUCAUGCUGUACCUUGUAGCUCAAGAACCACAAACCCAGCAGAAAAGUAA